AUGUCAGAGGGGAGGCGGCGAGAGCGGCCCGUCAGCAGCCGGUGCCAGAACUCGGAGGAUUACGGCGAGUACGGCGAGUACGCCGAGACCGAUCCCACUGGGCGAUACGGAAGAGUAAGUUCUUAAUCCCUCCCGCCCCCCCUCUCUUUUUCUCAUCCUUUUUCUUCAUCUCUUCUGAUCUUAUCGAAUUAUCGCCAGCGAUCUCUCGCUCGUUUAUCGGCGAAAUAAUCCCGUUUUCUGGUUACGAAAGAAGAGAGAGAGAGAGGAGGGAGAGACGUCGACAUUUCUUAAGUUCAAUAAUUGCAGAUCGCUCAAUUAAAUAUAUUAUCUUGUCAUCGUUGUUCAUCGCUCGCAUCUUCGACGAGUUCGUGGGGAUUCCUCCGCGGGUGGGUUGACUUCCCGUUCGAGAUAUGGGGGGAACGGCGUUGCGAGGCUUUCAUCGCAUGCAUGAUCUGAUAGCUUUCAAUUAAGUCGAUGAGAGUUUGAUACGGAUCCGGGUUCGAAGAUCUGACUUUGAUUCUCCCCCCCUUCUCUGAUCCCUAAGUUCGACGAGAUGCUGGGGAAGGGAGCGAUGAAGACCGUGUAUCCUUGAGCAAAACCUCUCGCCAUAGCUCGUUGUCGUUUCUUACCAGUAUUCGAUACGAUCUUCGUGAAAUGGUGGUCGCCUUGACGGAGGAACCUGCAGCUACCGAGCCUUCGACGAGGUGGACGGCGUAGAGGUGGCAUGGAACCAGGCGAAGAUCUACGACGUGAUGCGGUCACCGGAGGCGCUGCAGCGGCUCUACUCGGAGGUGCACCUCCUUAGCACCCUCCACCAUGACUCCAUCAUCAGCUUCCACACCUCCUGGGUCGACGGCGGCAAGAGAACCUUCAACUUCAUCACGGAGAUGUUCACCUCCGGGACCCUCAGGGAGUAAGAUCCCCGCCCUCCGCCCCCCCCCCCUGGAGUUCAUGAUUGCAGAUUGACCGGGAAGAACUUUUGCCCAGGUACCGGCAGAGAUACAGGCGCGUUGACAUCCGAGCCGUGAAGAACUGGGCCCGGCAAAUCCUUCAUGGCCUCGUUUACCUCCACGGUCACGAUCCCCCGGUGAUCCACAGGGAUCUCAAGUGCGACAACAUCUUCGUCAACGGCCAUCUCGGGCAAGUCAAGAUUGGCGACCUCGGGCUCGCGGCGAUUCUCCGUGGUUCUCAGGCGGCCCACAGUGUCAUAGGUAAUUAUAUCUCUCUCUCUCUCUCUCCUCAAUGGAAUUAUUUAUGGAAGUGAAGUUCGUCUUCUCUUCUGCACCAGGCACGCCAGAAUUCAUGGCGCCGGAGCUGUACGACGAGGUGUACAACGAGCUGGUGGACAUAUACUCCUUCGGGAUGUGCGUCCUGGAGAUGCUCACCGGCGAGUAUCCCUACAACGAGUGCUCAAACCCUGCACAGAUCUACCGGAAAGUCACCCUGGUAGCCUCUCGUCGCCGUCUUCCUUCGUUGGAGAUGUCGCUUCCGGCAACGUUGAUAUCCAUCCUCUUGUUGACAGGGGAAGCUGCCCGAUUCGUUCUACAGAGUAAAAGAUCCAGAAGCCCGCCGAUUCAUCGGGAGGUGCCUGGAGCACGAUGCUUCGAAGAGGUCGCCGGCGAAAGAGCUACUUCUGGACCCUUUUCUUCUCUUUCUGCACGGCUCCGACCCCCCGGCGAUGUUGAUUAGUGGCAACACCAGACAUAGCUGCAGCCAACCGCGCUCAUCGCAGCGAGCGAAACAGAGCCCUGACAUGAAGAUAACCGGGAAGAUCAACUCUGAGGGCGAUACCAUAAUUCUCAAAGUACAGAUCACGGACAAACAAGGUAACGUCGCGUGCUGUUACGAUAAUUAAAUCCUCCGGUUGAAGUGGAUGAUGAUCCGUCUCCACUCGUCGCGGGGGCUAAUAUUUACGAUGAACAGGCGAAGCUCAGAACAUCUACUUCCCCUUCGAUGUCGUCAGCGACUCCCCCAUGGACGUCGCAACCGAGAUGGUGAGGGAGCUGGAGAUAACCUACCGUGACCCCUCCCAGAUUGCCGAGAUGAUAGCUCGGGAGGUCUCAGCUCUGGUGCCCGACUGGAAGGACCCGGAAACCGGAGAAGGGCAACAGCAAAGCUAUGUCUACGGAGACGAAGACGACAGCCACCCUUUCCACGAACUCUCCUCGUCCACAUCCACGCAGGGUUCCAUGUCCUAUAGUCUCCCUUCUCACCAUACCGGGGUUCCUCAGCCUCUGUGGACGAAAGGUAUCGCCGGUAUAAUCUCCAGAAUGGUACCUAGUAGCGAAGGAAGAGAUCUAAAGUCUCUGGUUCUAUGUUACAGAUUUUGA